AUGGCUUCUCAAAAGCAGGAAGACUCACGCAGUGUGUCUGAGUCUUCCAGCUUCCAUCCUCUAGGACGACGCGGCUCCCGCGGCUCCAUGGCGACAACCCGAACCGAACGAGAGUCAAUAAAUGCAACUUUGGAUCACUAUCACAACGCGGCCUAUCAGUCUGACACCCUAACCCUGUUCAACGAGUUCACAAGUCCACCUGCGCCAGCCCCUACAUCUGACGAAAAAGGGCUGUCCGAGGAACUACAAGGCGGCCUUAGCGGACUCUACAGUCGCUUCAGGACCUCCGUCGGCGGGGUGAGAGAUAUUGUCAGCGGUAGCGGCAAGUCGGACAAGGGUGCGACUGAAACACCCGCAGCCCGAACCCCUGUAUCAGAUCGCUCGAUGGUCAAGUCUGUCUCAGAUCUCACCACUGCCUCGGCUGAUUACCCACCGUCACAGCCCAACUCGUCGCAAGGAUCAAGACUCCACUCGCCCGUUGUGUCGCACUUUCAACCCCACCAAGAACCGGCGCUACAAUCAAAUGCAGGUAAAAGGUCCAGGAUAUCCUCUAAGAGUGGCAGCAUAUCUUCCAAAACCUCAGUGUCGCCAACGGGACGCCCUGGGCUAAAGUCCAACGCAGCCCCAUCAACGAGAGCCGGCGGUAGUUCCACUGCAGCAGACCCCGCGGUGACCCAGCUACAUGUCAAUGUUGUCGGAAAUACAGAACGCUCCAGCAAUAACUCUGUGAAUGCGCCGUUCCAAGUGGCCCAUAAUGCAGAUGCAACAAGUGUCGGUAGCAGGGAAGGGGCUGUGGAUCUUUCCAUGAGCCAGACGUCAUCUCUUCUCAGUCAAAAUCUUUCCGCGUCGCCAGUUUUGUCUGCGAAGCUAAAUGACAGUUACCACGAGGAUCAGGGGUCGUCCAAUCUAAAAGAUUUCGCCCUUUCGGGGUCUCACACCCCAGAAACUAGGUCUCGGAGGUCAACCUCUGUAACGGAUCAACCAAGACAGUCUGACAUCACGUCUCAGCCAGCUGGCAAGCGAAACUCCGCGCAGGCCGAACCAGCCCAAGGCCAUCUAUCUCAAUACCCAGGGGAGAGAUCGGGCUCACAUACAUCUCUUCGCUAUGACGAGCCAAAACCAUCCACCUCAACGUCGAAUAAUCCCCCGAGGCUUACAUCCCAUGAUGAAGUUUUACAUCGCGUUGAUAAACUUCCAGCUGGCGCAGCUCAGCCUCGCGAGGAAGACAAAGCCAAUGAACCACCGAAAAGUUCGGUUCCACAGAGAUCCGAAGGAAAGCCGAACGCAACAUCUCGGGCGGGGCGACUGCCUGGCUACAUGAUGUCUCGAACUUCUACUGCCGAAACCACAACCACAGUCUCUUCUUUGCCUCCUUUGAACACAGCGGUCGGAAGGGCUGAUGGACAAUCUUUACAAGCCAGGCGCCAACCGCCACCUGGAGACAAUGGUGUUAUAUCCGAGCUGCGAAAUAGAUUGCUCAGCAGAGAUUUCUGGAUGCGUGACGAGAACGCCAAGGACUGUUUUCACUGCGGAGAGCCUUUCACAACCUUUCGUAGAAAGCACCAUUGUCGAACUUGUGGUCAAAUAUUUGAUUCCAAAUGCACCUUGCUCAUAUCAGGAGCAAGGUUUGGACAGCAGGGUACUAUUCGAGUCUGCAAUCCUUGCGAGAAGAUGAUCAAUGCUCACGACAACGACUCUUCGGACUUUUCCGAUAGCGAGCAAAGCCCAAUCAUCGCAAACCCUCGGGUCUCUGAACUCAGCUGGGGGAAUAAUGGGCGCCCAUCCUUCGACGACGAUGAUUCAUCCUCCGUUGUGUCACAGUCAAUUGAUCAUGUCCUGAGGACUCCGACCAUGGCUAUACCAGCCACGCGACGGGCAGGAGAAGGCCAUAAUCGACGCUCAGCUGUGCUUGAGAUCAACUCUGAUCGACCUUUAGCACGACCCACCUCUUCACGCUCGCUGCGCUCAUCACUUGGGGGAAGGCCACAUUCCAUCAGCCACAAGCGUCACCACUCUCGUCAGCAAUACAUUCGGGGAUUCAAGCCAUACCAUGAAGAUCGAGCUCCUUUCCAACGCCGGCAUGCAGAUGAUUUGGAUCCCGAGUCUCGGCUGCCUGCUUUCCACAAAGACAACAUCAUAGAUCCUGACCUUGCGCAAUAUCUCUCUGACGACGCAUCGAGUGGUGAUGAGCAACCGAGUCUCUUGUCUGCAGUGUCCGAAGGUGGAUUGUCCAAGAGUGGCGGCGACAACGAAAGAGCAUCGUUUGGCGGUAUUCUCGCCGCCAUGAAGAAAGGUCGAUCUGCGUUUGGAGAUCGUACCACUCCUAGUGUGAAUCGAGACGGGGAUGAUGCAAGUCUCACCAGCUCAAAGGCCGUCAACCUGCCCCGAUUUUCUCGUCGCCGAAAUCUUAGCAUCGCUAGCAGUGUGCACCCUCGCCAAUCGCCCAGAACUUCCAAAGAUAGCAUGUUUCUACAUGAUAUCUCGGUGCCGGCCAUUUCUUUGCCAACAGGCCCUAAGGAGGCCGGGUUUAAAAUGACGCGCAGUUCAUCGAUGAGAGGAACCGACGCCCCACCAGUUGAGCUGAAUAGAGCCAGCUUAGAACAUGUUCGCAAGCUUCUUCAUCAGCUGCUCAUGGAAUCUGCGGUGCCAAACGGAGCAGGUUGGGAGAACGCCCUGAUGCCAAUACUGCUGAAAGCCGCGGACGAAGUGGAUCCGAAUGUCCAGCGUGGGGAUGACAUGGACAUCCGCCACUAUGUCAAGCUGAAAAAGAUACCCGGGGGUCGCCUUGGUGAUACCUCAUACGUCUCAGGUCUUGUUUUCACCAAAAAUCUGGCUCUGAAAGGCAUGUCUAGAAACAUCUUACGCCCUAAUAUUCUGAUCAUCACGUUCCCUCUCGAAUACGCUCGACAACAACAGCAUUUCAUGAGUCUUGAGCCCGUCAUUCGGCAAGAGCGCGAGUUUCUAGAAAACUUGGUCAGUCGGAUAUCGGCCUUGCGUCCCAAUCUCCUUCUGGUGGAGAGGAAUGUCUCCGGUCUGGCUCUUGGACUUCUGGAGCAGGCUGGUAUCGCAACUGCUUACAACGUGAAACCUUCUGUACUUGAGGCUGUAUCAAGAUGUACACAGACCAGAAUCGUGACAUCUAUGGACAAGCUGUUAACAACUACUCUGCACAGUGAAUGCAGUAGCUUUAACGUGAAGACCUACGUUCACUCUGGGAGGAAGAAAACUUACAUGUACAUCUCAGGAUGUCCGAAAGAGCUGGGAUGCACUAUUGUUCUACGUGGUGGGGACAAUGAUGUCCUUGCGAAAGUGAAAAGAAUCACUGAGUUCAUGAUAUACGUCGUGUACAACCUUCGUUUGGAAACAUGUCUCAUGCGAGAUGAAUUCGCAAAGAUACCAACCUCCCCGACAGAAACAAUCAUGGUUGUCCACGAGAAAGACAAGAAUGGAAAUCCACAAAUCAUCGUCGACGAAGGCGAUCCACGCCCAGCUGACUCUGGUGAUGUCCAGAUGGACAAUAAUGAGAAAGCGGUCGGUGCUUCCGAUAGCCAACUUCUUGUGGCCGUCGAUGUGCCCGAAGUCCCAGACGAUGUCCCGAUGCCAACAUAUUACGACGACAUGGUUCGAGAUCACCAGACUAAGAUUCUUUCUGCCUCACCCUUUGUUAAAUUCGAGCCGCCGUAUCUUUUGAUGCGUGCACGAGAGAUGGAGCGUCGGUUGGCUUACUUGAAGCGUCUUCGAGGACAAGACGACAAUUCCGAUGAAAUCACGGACGAAAAGGCCAAGCCCCAAAAGUUUGUUCUUGUCACGCCUGAAAUGGCCAGACAGUCACCACAAGAUGCACCGACAAAGGUCAAGGAAGUGCUUCGUGCUGCUCAUGAAGCCGAGUAUGAUCGAGCAUUUUACCACUAUCAGACUCAAAAGCGUCAGUGGGAGGCUUACGUUUCGGGAAAUACAAGCAUGUUCGAUCCCUAUGCGCACCAAAAUAUCGUUAUCCUCUACAGCCUUGUCUGCACCACAACAUCAGUUCCAUGCUCCGGGCCGGAUGUUUUCGCUCUUGAAUUUUACAAUGAGCAUGGAGAUGACACGAUCGUUGAGUCUGAUCUCUCGCUGGGUCAAUACGUUGAAGAUCUUUGUGACACGGCGAGCUCUCUGUGCGAAGUCAACGGUUGCGAGAAGCGCAUGUUUGAGCAUCACCGCCAGUAUGUCCAUGGAGACGCCCAGGUCAGCGUUUUAGUUCAACCCCAUCCUCCUAAACUUCCGGGACUUCAGGAUGUCGUGCUCAUGUGGAGCUGUUGCAAAGUUUGCGGCAACGAGACCCAAGUCACGCCCAUGUCUGAAAGCACUUGGAAAUAUUCAUUCGGAAAAUACUUGGAGUUGUCCUUUUGGGGCCGGAACCUCCAUGCUCGAGCUGGAGUGUGCCCCCAUGAUCUGCAACGAGACCAUUUCCGUUACUUUGGCUUCAAAGAUGUUGCUUUACGAGUUCAGUAUGACUCCAUCCGUUUGCUUGAGAUCAUAGUCCCGCGGCCUCGUGUGACCUGGAAAGUGGACAAUGACUUGAAGUUGAGGAACGAAGUCUACCAGCGAACAGAGCAACGUCUUGACAAGUUUAUGGCCUCUGUCCAAGCUCGGUUGAAAGGCAUCAACGUUGAGAGUGUCGUCCCCGGGCUCCUGGACAGCUGCAACAAAGAGAUUGAACUUCUGAUCAAGAAGGGCCACGAUGACCAUAUUUCUUUGGUUCAACAGUUACAAGACACAUAUACAAACUCCCGUUACUGGGAAAUCAUUCCUCUGAACGAAGUCCUUCGUGCCACCCAGGAAAAAGUCGUUGAAUGGGACACAACGUUCGCUGAUUUCGAGAAGAGUUUCUUCCCAUCUGAAAAGGAUAUCAAGCACAUGGCCACGCUACAGCUCAAAAAGAUCUUCCUUGAUAAAGAUGCUUCCAUGACAGAGGACACUCUUCAAGCGCCCAACGACAUGGAAGAUGAGAACAACCAAGCAGAUGACAGACCCCGAAUGAUGCGCCGCAUGACACUUUCUCCCGAAAAGGCACAGAACGUAUUGGUUUCAGUAGUCGAGGAGCAUGCUGGCAAAAAGCAUCGAGAAGAGUCUCCUUCCCCUCCGAUGUCAACGGAGGAAGCAGCCUUGCCUGUGGAUCAUGUGGACGAGAAGAGAGCUUCUCCCCAAGACGAGGCUGUAUCACAAGAAGAAGUUCGUCAUCUCGACUUAGCGGUACCUGCUGGUCAAUCUGAUCUAGGAUCUGUCGAUGUGGCCGGUGUUGCAAAUCAAUCACCGGCCAACGCCGCUCUUGCAGCGACAACCCCUCCUCCUAGCAUCUCAUCAGAGCACGGAGCUCACAAAGGCUCGGGUGCGUCCGAACAAGGAGAAAGCAUUGAGAAAGAGGAAGAUGGGGUCACUGAGCUUCCAAGCACUCCCGUGCGACGGUUUUCGGCAAUCCCUAGACCCACCGAGGCAGCCUUUCGACGCAAUGGUAAAAUGCGAUCUCCUCCGCUUCUGCGUGCUCAAUCUCAGCCAGUCAAUGUACCACGGGUCAACAACAAUGUUCCACUUCCUGGGUUGAGGAUGGCCCUGACCAACGCAAUUGAACCAGAAAAGAACCCGGCUGUGUCUCCCACGAAAUCGUCAGACAAGAAGUUGACAGAUCGCUUAGGACUGAGCUCUUUGAAGAAUGCUCGAUUCGCUUCUGGUCACUCGCUCAUCCCACGAUCUGCCCCAAGUAAAAAGGGCAUGUCCCGAGUCUCCAAUCUUGCUAGACAUUUCGAGCAAAUGAGUCGCGAAUUUGAGAAAGAGAGACAGCGCGAGAGGCGGCAACGGGCUGCAAAGGGCAUUCACUCACGGGCAUUCCCACUGGCUUCGUCCAAGCCCAUCGUCGAGGUCUAUCGUAACGUGAGAGAGGCUGUUGAAGAACGGGAGCCACCUGCCGAUAGUGACGAAUCUUUGCCGUCGGCUCCACUGAUCCCGACAGACGACCUCAAUCGCAAGAGCGAUGAGCUCGCCCGCGAACCAAUAAAUGAAGAGCCCCCUCUUCCAAACUCAUCCUCGCCCGAGGCUGAAGAUGUGGAGGAGCUUCAUCGUGAAAGCCAAAUUCCGUUUGACGGAGAGCCAGACGAGCAUAUCACUGAUGAUGAAAAUAACCAAUCCAACGAGCUUCAUCCUGUCGAUUCUCACGAUGAUGUCAAGACCCCGGCAGAGGACGACUCGGUCGAUUACAAGGAACUUCCAAAGCACGAACGCACAACUCUGUUGAAGAUGCUGACAAACUUCUGGUCCGAACGUUCCGCGAGUGGAUGGACACCUCUUGAGUAUCCCCUCAGUGUCAUGGAUCACGUCUUCGCCGAUUGUGAUAUCAUCGUUCGCGAGGAUGAACCGAGCUCGCUUGUGGCGUUUGCUUUGGACUCUUCCGACUACAAAGAAAAACUCUCCAGUAUCCAACAACGGUAUGAUGAGAUGGAAGACAACGAAUCAGAGCAUGGCGAUGAUCUUGAGGCCAUCAAGGAAACACAGGUCGAGCAUGCUCUUUUGCGCCCCACAGGCACACAUCUCAAGUAUCAGUUCCAAGAGGGACCGGCCAAGAUGCUCUGCAAGGUAUUUUAUGCUGAGCAAUUCGAUGCCUUGAGGAAGAAAUGUGGCGUGGCAGAUCGCAUUGUUGAGUCCCUGUCUCGAUGCGCGAAGUGGGACUCGAAGGGUGGCAAGACGAAAUCAUUAUUCUUGAAGACCCUUGAUGAUCGCUUCAUCCUCAAGUCACUGUCCACGAUAGAAACACAAGCCUUCCUGAAGUUCGCUCCGGCCUACUUCCAGAUCAUGUCCGAGGCUUUGUUCCACGAACUACCUUCGGCAAUCGCCAAAAUGUUUGGCUUCUAUCAAGUCAUCAUCAAGAACCCCGUCACUGGAACGGAGUUCAAUUGGUUCUUGCUACUCAUGGAGAACCUGUUCUAUGAUCGGAAUCCGACGCGGAUUUUCGACCUUAAGGGAUCGAUGCGGAACCGCAAAGUUCAGAGCACAGGUGAACGAGACGAAGUCCUCUUGGACGAGAACAUGGUGGACUUUAUCUACGAGACACCACUCUUUGCCCGUGAGCACUCAAAGAAACUUCUCGCUCAGAGCGUGUGGAAUGACACCCUCUUCCUGGGCCGUCAAGAUGUGAUGGACUACUCACUCAUGAUCGCCAUUGAUGAAAGUCGCGAUGAGCUCGUGGUAGGCAUCAUUGACUGUAUUCGCACCUACACCUGGGACAAGAAACUCGAAUCCUGGAUCAAAGACAAAGGCUUUGGUGGCGGUGGCCGCAAUCGCCCAACCGUGACCAGCCCAAGAGAAUACAAGGGCCGGUUCCGUGAAGCAAUGGCUAGAUAUGUGCUUCAAGCUCCAAGCUGCUGGCAUCAAUUCCAACCAAACUUGCAAUAUCGACCUGAAAACCAAGGCUUUGAACUCGAGGCCAUUGAUGGGACGGGCUCGUUCGAAGACCCUGGUUUCUAG